CUUCCUGUCUAUAUGAACGCGGCAAACUUCUCCCAACGCCUCCUUAAACAUUAUUACUUUUGUUGGGAUGUUUAUUAUGCUGUUUUUGUGUCCGUUACUUCUGAUUGUUCGGUAUUCUUUUCAACAAUGUGGGGAGCUCCGCUUUGCCUCCUACUAUGGAGACCACAUGGUGCUGCAGAAGUCUCCGGAGAGCGCACUUCUGUGGGGUUACGGCCCCGAGGGCGCGCAGGUCACCGUCUACUUGUCAGGACCGAUAAAACACGCGAGCUCACCAGUCACUGUGACGAAAGGCAUAUGGCGAGUAAUCCUCAACCCCGUUGAGGCUGGCGGCCCCUACAGCGUGACCGCGGCCCUUCAGAACAGCUCGGCCACUCUGACCGAUGUGCUGUUCGGGGACGUUUGGCUUUGCGGCGGCCAGAGCAACAUGUACUUCAAAACAUCACAGAUAUUCAAUGCAUCUGAAGAGCUCGCUCUUGCGGGCAAGUACCCUCACGUGAGGACCUUUAUGGCAUCCCUGAAUAUGAGCGACACUGAGCUGACUGAUCUGACUGGAGUGGCGCUCCCAUGGUCUGUGACCAAAGCCAGUGGCCUGGCCCAGUUCUCUGCAGUGUGUUGGCUCUUUGGUUGUUACAUGUAUGAGAACUUGAAGUACCCCGUCGGACUGGUAGAGUCCUGCUGGGGUGGCACGCCUGUUGAAGCGUGGUCAUCUUUAAGAGCCCUGCAGCAAUGUGGACUGGAGCACAACAACCAAAGCUCUAAAAAUGCAAACUCUGUCCUGUGGAACGCGAUGAUCCACCCACUGCUCAACAUGACACUCAAAGGAGUCAUCUGGUACCAAGGGGAACGAAAUGCGGACUACCAUCAGGACAAGUACAACUGUUCUUUUCCUGCCAUGAUUGAUGACUGGAGGAAGGCCUUUCACCUGGGCUCAGGUGGGCAGACCGCUGUGGACUUCCCCUUUGGAUUUGUCCAGCUGUCCACCAACAUAAAAGGCUCCACGGAUGACAGCUUUCCAAACAUCCGCUGGCACCAGACAGCCGACACGGGCUUUGUGCCUAACCUUCGCCUGCAGAGGACCUUCAUGGCUGUGGCUGUAGAUUUACCGGAUGAGACUUCCCCAUACGGCACCAUCCACCCCCGUGACAAACAGGAUGUAGCUUACCGGCUGACACUGGGAGCGAUGGCGGUGGCCUACAAUGACAAGGACGUGGUCUUCCUUGGACCUUUCCCCAGACAAAUCCUGUCCACUCGGAAUCGUCUCAUCGUCACGUACGACCAAGCAGUCUCUGUCAAGCUGUCUGAAGAUAUCUUUGAGCUCUGCUGCUCACAGUCACGCGCUCCCUGCGGGCCUCAGUCUCACUGGAUUCCAGCUCCAAUCAGGCAUUGGGUUCCGACCACCGUCCUGAUAUUCGCCAAUGUCUGCCCACCCUCUACUGCAGUAGCAGCUCUUCGCUACGCAUGGAAAGACUGGCCCUGUGACUUUAAAGCUUGUCCAGUCUACAGCGCAAAAUCUGGGUUACCUGCGCCGCCUUUCAUCAUCAAUCGCUAUCGGGCUAAAAGAAGCUUCGCAACAGGUCACAACUGUGUUAAAGCUCGUUUAGGAAAAAAAACAGUACACAAAAUAGUGUGUAACUUUAGGGUGUGGAGCCAAAAAAACACUCAUUUUGGUGCAUGUGUGUAAAACCUAAACAAGAUUAUUAACCGGGCAAUGAAUGUAUUACUUUUGUGAUAUAUUUGUUCGGUUUGAAAGUUAGCAGUCUGAUGUCACCAAGUUGUUGUUUUUUUUUUUUAUAAAAUUGCAUUUUGUUUUAAUGACGUUUUUAGAAUAGCAGCAUAUGAACCAAGUAUACACACAUUUUCCUGACAACUCCUUUGGCCCCAUUUACUCCCAUUAUAGCUGCUAUUUUUACCAGACUUUAAUCCUGGUAUAUUACUAUGCUUUUUCCACGAAAACUAAAUGACUAAUCCCCCCGCCCCCUCUCAAAAUAAAUAUAUAAUGUUUGGUUGUAAUUGCACUCUUUAACCACAGAGUAGAGCCAGAAAACCAUGUUCAUAAUUCUCAGUUUUGUGAAGCGUACAUGAGUUUAACUGCCAAUAAACUUCUGCAUCCAUCCAGCCAUUUUUUACCGCUUGUUCCGUUCGGGGUCGCGGGGGCUGCUGGAGCCGGAAGGCGGGGUACACAAAAAUGAUCAGGGGCAAUACUCAAUAAACUCAACAAAGUCCUGCCUGUUUUUUCUCUCAUUCCAGCUCAGUAGGCACUGCAAAAAUGUUUUUUGUCUAAUUGUCUCCUCUAUAAAAAAAAUGUCAUAAAUUAUUUACCAAUUAAAGGCUUCAAUUACCCGACCUCAAAUAUUCUACAUUGCAACUUAUUUAUAGAAAUAUUGAAGUUUUCGUUUUUCCAUGAUGAAAACCCUUAAACUGCACAAAAAAAUAAUACAAACUUUAUAUCUACAGAUAGAUCUGACGCUGUCAAAAGAUUGAAAUAUUUGGAAAGUUUGAAAAAAUAAUUUAUUGCCCGCUUAAAGACACUUUAAUGAGCAGGUGGUCCUUUUUGGAUUCUAAGAGUGAGUGUGUAGUCAAUUUUAUGAUUUUCAAGACAUGGCAUCAAGCAAAACAUCUAUGCAGGGCCACAUGUGGGACAUAUCAUCCAAGUGACAAUUUAUCGGACGAUGAUAAAACUUUCGGGAUAUUUGUAUUACUUGCAAAGCAUUUUAAGCAAAACCCGGGGAAAUCACAAAUGCUACAGCCAUUAA